UCCGUUGUUGAGUUGCUAUAAAUAAGUGCGAGAAAUGCAGAGCAUUCCCAUUUGCCAAUUUAUCGGUGAAAAAAUAGUGUUAAACCUGUUUCCCAUUCGUGGGAUCAGAUCCAGAAGCAUUCCACUUAGAAAAACUCCAAAACCCAGAUUUUGUGAACUGUGAUUUCUUAUUCAUUUUCAUUGCAGGGAGGAAGAACAUGUUAUGCAACUCCCUCUUGUAAGCAUUGUUCCCACCACACGUCUUUGUUGAAUACUCAAUUUGUUUCGGGUAUCUUGGAAAGAAGUAAAGUUUGUAGGGUGAGGAAUUUUGAACAUGUUCAGGUUAUCUCCCCGGAGGAGUCAAAGAUCCAAAGGCUUCAAGGUGAAGCAUGCUCUACAAUUAUGUGUUCUACUUGGCGUUUGUAUCUGGCUGGUUUACCAAAUCAAACACUCCAAUGAGAAGAAAUCGUCCUUCAGAGAAAGCAAAAGAAUUGGAAAUGAGGUUGUUAAGUUCGGGAGGAAGGACCUCCAUCCUCGCGUGGAGGAAACUUCUGUGGUAGAUGCAAGGCACAAGGAGGAGGAGGAGGAGGAUGAACCACAAGAAAACAAGCAUGAUGAGCAAAGCAAACUGGAUGAUGUUAAUGGUGUGGAAGAUGAGGCCCUAAAGCAAGAGCAAAAUGACAGUGAAGAGAAUUCUGAGCAUAGACAUGAUUUGGUAGACCACGAAUCUGAAGAUAAUUCUGAAAAGGCUAGGACAGACGCUGAAGGUGAACAGCAUAAUGAGAAAUUUGGUGAAGAAAAUGACAGUAUAGACAACAAGGAGAAUGAGGAGAACAAAAGCGAAGUGGAGGACAAAGAUAGUGGAGAAACUACAGAAGAAAAAAGUCAUCAAGAGAAUGACAGUGUGGACAACAAGGAGAGUGAAGAGCACAGAAGUGAAGGGGAGGACAAAGAAAGUGGAGAAACUGCAGAAGAAAAAAAUCAUCAAGAGAAUGACGGUGUGGACAACAAGGAGAAUGAAGAGCACAGAAGUGAAGGGGAAGACAAAGAAAGUGGGGAAACUGCAGAAGAAAAAAGUCAUCAAGAGCAUGAAGAGACAGAGAAUAAAGAUAAGGAGAAUGAAGAGACAGAUAAUAAAGACAAGGAAAAUGAAGAGACAGAGAAUAAAGAAAAGGAGAAUGAAGAGGCAAAGCAAAAUGAAACUGAAGGGAAGGACAAUGUGGAGGAAAAUCAUGAGCAAGAUGGUAAAGAAAUGACAGAUGAGACCAAUCAAAGAGAAGAGCAUGACAAGAUUCAGGAAGAGACUUCAUCAGAAAAUCAGGUUCAGGAUGGUGGGAAAAACGAGGAGGAGCAUAGAGAGGAAAAUUAUGCAGGAGAUAAUGCCUCUAGUGCUGUAGAUCAUAAAUCACGAGACAGCUCAGAAGAAAAUUCUAAGACAGAAGAAGAAUCUGAUAAAAAGGAAAAGAAUGAGGUUGAAUCAGAGUCUCAGAAAAAUGGUGCUGAAACUACUGAAGUGGAUUCUACUGUCACAACAAACAGCCAAGGAAAUGAAAAUGGUGCUGAAAAUCAGACACAGACAGAGAAUGAUUCACAGAAAAGUUCCACUUCAGAGUCCGAAUCUCAGCAGCAAGAUCAGAAUAACCCAACAAAGGAUGGUAUAGAAACUCUAGAUUCAUCGCUGCAGAAUGGGACUGACACAACAGUUCACACAACUGAAGCAUCAGAAAAUGAAAGCAACUCCAAGGUAGAGCACUCCAGUGAGCAGAAUACAACGCCGCAGAAUGAAGAGUCUUAUAAUUCAGGUGCUGCGGGGGAGCAAGCUGAAGCACAUGACAACAAUGCAAACAAUGGUGAAUAUAAGGACACCACGAAUAAUUCUUCCCAGAAUGAAAAUUCGUACAACAAUGUUGUCCGAGAAGAAGCACAAGAAAAUGUUUCGUCAUCCAACACUGGUGACAACAAAGAUGCUAGCAAUGAUGUUCAACUCACUUCGUCUGAUACUUCCUCAGAACAAAAGAAAGAUGAAUCCACAAAGGCAGAAAGUAACACCGACUCUGCGCAGAAUGACAAUGAAAACUCUGUUCAAAGCAACACAUACAGUGAUGGAAGUGCUAAUGACAACAAAGAUGCUAGCCAGUCCGAUACUUCAUCCGGGCAAAACAAAGAAAGAUCCCCAGACUCGGACAACAGCAGUGAUGCUAACCAGAAUGACUCAAACAGCAAUGAAAAUGACCACAACAAUGGGAAUGAUAGUCAUGAAUCAGAAAACAAUGCUUCUGGGUCAUCCAUUCCUGAAGAUAAAAAUGCAUCUUCAAAUAAUAAUGCUGAUGCAGGACAGGGUGAGAAUGAGGCUACUGUUGAGAACAAGACAAGUGAAAACGAAGGUGGUGCUCAAAAUGAAUCAGUGGAGACACAAAAGGAGAAAGAAGAAUCUGCACACUCAGAUGGAGAUAGCAAUUCUAACUCGAAUGAUCACGCAAGUUCUGAUCCUUCAAUCACUCAUGAUGAUAAAGAAUCUCGCAUGGAUUUGGGAACCUUGCCUCAAACCAAUGCAGAAAGCAAUCAGAGUGAGGUUACUGCUGCAGAGUGAUAAUUCAGAUAGAAUGAUUGUAUCCAGCUUCUGUUGAUCCUACUUUUUUUAUUUUUGUUGAGCCAUGUAUUGUUUCUUUAGUUGGCUGUUAUGCUAUCAAGUAUUUUUUGUUUUCCUGGGUCUGAUUAAGAAUUUAGAAACACCUAGUAGAGUUUUAUUUGUAUAAAUCAUUUGCUAUUUUUCGCAUGUAACCUGGACCCUUUUAUGGAAGCAAUAAUUAUUACUUUUAAAUUUUAAAGUA